AUGGCCCGCUUCGCAAAUACGAGCAGCCAAUGGGCACUGGGUGGUGAAACCAGUAUGUAUCUUCAGAGUCGACGUCGUGCCACCUUCAAAUCACCUGUAAUCUUGCUUACCUCCGCGGAAGACCUGUCAGGGCACCCCCCGCCGAGGGAAGAAAGGGAUCGGGAUCGGGAUCGCCAGGCUCGCGCGUCGUUCGAACGUUCGGCGCGAGGGGCCAAGGUGAGAGGAACUCCGACGAAUUGGGACAAGUCUGACCUGUCUGCUGUACCCUGUGACACUGACGUGUUCCGCAUCCUGACGUAGACUUCGCAGCAUCACUCGAGCCCCCUCAAAGACAAUCACAAUCCGCACCGACGGGUAAGUCGAACCGUCAGUCAAGGGGUUCACACGACCGAGCCCUCGCAGAGGCCAGAUGGUGAACUUGUUUAUCAUCUCUCUUGUUCCAGAGUCACGACCAAGUGAAUGCCUAUCUCGACUAUGAGCUUGGUGCCCGUCUCUGCGGGUUGCAGCCCCCUCAACAAUCUUCCUCUGGGCCUUCCCCUCCUCGACAUCCAGUUCCCUCGCGCAAUAAUGACUCUCGACACCAUCAUCCGACAAGCCAAGGUCACAACACUACACCACCGCGCGUCACAAAUUCGACACCUACUCGACCACCCCUCCCUUCGCCCGGAAUUGAGAAUGUCGCUUUGCGCAAGCCUCACGAGCUGCCGAAUCAGGGAUCGGACUCUCGAGCACGAAGGGAGAAAUGCCAUCAUUCCGGGAAACAAAAACACGACAUGCAAGUCGCGCCCGAUCGCCAGCAUGCUUGUCUCCCGCGCAACGAGACUAUUCCCAGAAUAUCGCUGGAAAAGGUCGAUUAUCGCCUCGAUCUUUCGCCCGAGCCAGAAUAUUAUGGCGGCGGCGUCGGAACUUUGUCGAGCGUGAUCCCCCCUCUACCACCUCAGCAACCCCUAACUUCCGCUCACGGAACGGCGUAUCCACUCGCCCACAAGUUCCAAACCACCCCCGUUUUCACCUCGUACGACAGCCGUACCCUUCCAGGCGCUUACCCGACUUCACCGGCCUAUCAUGCCACCGGCGUGGAGCCUAAUUUGCUGAAUGGGGUUGACAGGCUUAUGCAUGAAGGUGAACCUGUUGAUCGAGGUGAAUUUGAUGGUUUUCAUUGCACGGAUCGGCAGUUUGCGGAAGAUGGACGACAUGUCGGUGAGUUGUUACUGGCGUCGCGUCGGCACGGACUCGGCUGAAAAGUUUGAGCUCUUUUGAGCUUGUGCGGUAUCGAUUGAAUCCCUUGCCAUACUAACAUGCUACCCGAGGCGCACUUGUGGGCAUUCUCAGUCAGCAACCUAGGUCUCAUCGAGGGCUUCUCUAUGGCGUUCAAGGACGAAGUGGAGAUGAUCGACGACGCGCUCGAGGCCAUGAUCGCGAACGCCAAGUAAGCAGAAGCCAAUCUGACGCGCAGUAUAACAAAAGCGGACCACGUGCUGACGGUUUGUUGGGAUGCGUGACGAACUCGUAGACGCCAAGGUGCGAACGGGGUGCUGGGGAUGCAAGUCGAUUUGGCCGACGAUGGUGCCGUGAUCGCACGGGGCCAAGCGGUCGUGCUCGUGUGA